UUCAGAUACUUGUGACAUCAACGUAAUUCUACAAUGCUGCCUCCAGCGCCAGUCAUAUAUAUGUGUGUUAUCUUGUUCUUUGGAUGGUGCGACGCAGGUGCAAUGUCCAGAAACUCGAAAGUAAACACGUUGGAUAAGCUGCAUGAUCAUCCAGGCGACUGGACAGCGGAAAUAUAUACCGUUGACGAUUGGAAUGCAAAUCUCGUGGAGGAUAAUGAGCUUGCUUUGCAAGUGAUUGAGGAAAUCAACGGACUGUCGAAUGACGAAAUUGCUAAAUUGUACAAUAUGUUCAUGGAGCACCACGUCAGGCGGAAGCGUGCUCUUGAACGAGUAGGAAAACUCACAAAGAUUCUUCUAGAUCUCAUAAGAAAGGCAAUCAACGAUCUGGCGAACAUCAUCAUUACGCAUGUCUUCUUAUUUAUGAUCAAGAAGCGCAAUACUCCAAGAUGCCACGAUGGUAUUGGCUGCUUCACUACUGACAAUAGGAUGGGCCUGUAUAUUGGUGGUCCUGACAAACCUGAAGUUGUCGGUACCGUUAUCACUCUCCACUCGUCAGACAUCAAUUACACGAUAAAAGUGGACCACACGAAUUGGAAGCAAAAGUAUGUAGUUAAUUGGAACGUUUACAUAGAUAAGCCACUUUUCGCUUUAAUACAUGGAUUUAACUUCAAGGAUAAAAUUGAAUGGAUGGACGAAAUGAGGGCCGAAUUGAUGCGAAAGGUUAAAUGCAACGUCCUAAUGGUUACGUGGCUAAAUGGAGCACGUAUACCUGAUUAUGCUGCGGCAGCAUCGAACAGUGCUAUGCCCGGUGUCUUGCUUUCAAUGCUGCUUCAAGACAUGGUUGCGACAUCUAAUGGCAGGCUUCAGGCGAAGGAUAUACACGUAAUAGGAUUCAGCUUGGGGGCACAAGCUGCAGGCUUUUGCGGUCGCCAUUUCUACAACGCCACAGGGGAGAAGCUUGGACGCAUAACAGGUCUUGACCCGGCUGGGCCUUUGUUUGACAUCUCGAAUUCGGCCUUGUCCAAGAACGAUGCGACCUUUGUGGACGUAAUACACACAAACGCAGGAACAUUGUUUCAUUAUCAGCUUGGAAUAAAGGGACCGAUAGGGCAUGUCGACUUCUACCCGAAUGGUGGCAGCAGGCAACCAGGCUGUGACGGCUUAGACCUCGGAUGCAGCCAUUCAAGAGCUCGAGAAUUAUUCAAGCAGUCAAUAAAUGCAGAGUGCUUCUUCACAGCAUACCCAUGCGGGAGCGACUGGACGCGACUUGUUGGAAAAGGAGGGGAAGACGACUGGUGGUGCUCUCAAGAGAUGGGCUAUAAUAGCGUCAGGAAACAGGGAAGAGGUAAUUUUUACUUGCAAACGACAGCGGAGGCGCCUUACUGCAUUCAUCCAGUAAUGGUUAUUAAUGGGAAGACGCAUAUCAAUAUAGGAAAGACACCUCAUGGCCCCUAUGUUCCGCUCUGAUUAGGAAUGCCUGGAAUUCAUCUCACAAGACGCCUAAAGUAUACAGAUGCUGUGGUUUACGUAAUUUUGAGCCAUCAAAUCCAGAUAGCGGUCAUUUUUUUUGGCCGAGUCCUUUACGGGGCAUUACUUUGAUACGCUGAAUCAGUGAGCUGUACGUGUUGUAUGAGGCCAAUAAAAUGGGGUGAUUCGGAAGUAUUGAACUUGUUCCAAAAAAGGACAUACAGGUCACGCUAAAUCUUUGAAGUACGCGUGUAUG